GUCCAAGAGAAAUAGAGAGUAAAGAGUAGAGAGUAGAACGCGUUGGGCCGUUGGAGGAAGAAAUCACGUCCGCGAGCACUUCGGCACUUCCACGUCGCGAUUCGAACAUGUGCCGGGACAAUGAGAGUUUCUGGUGGCGGUCGGCCGGUGAUUGUUGAGAAUGACGACAACCCCUCCAUGGUAGAAGGGUGGUCUUGGUGUUCAGUGCAAGAGUGCGUUUUGGUGGCCGGCGCGCGAAAUGGCCGUGUUAAUAAAGAAGUGCAGUUUGAUCUUGCCGGGGUUUAGAACAACCUCCUGCCUGACCGUUGUGUUGCUCGUCUGCAUGGAGACCGUCUUCUUGUGCACGCAGUCCACCUGCUCAAAAACAUUCCAGGUUCACUGGAAUACCAGCGAUAGCAUAUUUCACAUCGACAACACUGACCACAUCAUCGACGUAAAUAAGGGCAACGCCCAAUUUGAAUACGACCAAGUCAACAUCAUCUGUCCGGUGUACACGCCAGGAACGUACGGAGAUGACUUAGAAAAAUACAUCAUUUACAACGUAUCGAAGGAGGAGUACGAAACCUGCCGAAUAACCAACCCCAACCCCCGAAUAAUAGCCAUAUGCGACAAACCGUACAAACUUAUGUAUUUCACAAUUACAUUUCGCCCUUUUACGCCCCAGCCCGGCGGCUUGGAGUUCCUCCCCGGCAAAGAUUACUACUUUAUAUCGACGUCGUCAAAGGACGACCUCCACCGCCGGAUCGGGGGCCGGUGCUCCUCCAACAACAUGAAAAUCGUCUUCAAAGUGUGCUGCGCCCCCGACCAGAGCCAGGCCAACUUCACGACGAAAUUAACCUCGACCUCGACGACGACGCUGGGCUGGCCGGACAUCCACCGGCCCAUGGUCGAAGCGACGUCGUCGUCGACCACGCAAUGGGCCCCUCGGACGGACGCGCCGCCGACGCGGAAACCCACCAAGAAAAUGAACGAGUACGAGAAGCAUCCGAACGAAGUCAUGAAAAAUGAAGAGUUGACGUACAGCAAAGGAGUCUGGCUAUCGGCGGGCCCGCCGAGUUUUCUAGUUGUCAUUGCCUGCAUCGCAGUCAUCCGAUGGCGGUGAGCUAAAAGACAGGAACGGGAGCGGGGCCUCGUCUCCAGCUCCACGUUCACACAUGUUGACACUUAUCUGUAAAAUACUGUAAAUUAUUGGAUGACGUGUCCGCGAGUGCGUGAAUAACGGCGACACUCUAAAUAGUUUGUUUAUAAGAAACUGCGUAAAAGCCAAUUUUUGUAGAUAAAAAUAGUGCGUUAAUUUAAGUGAUGGUACGAUUUUUCAGCGCGAAGCUGGUGUGAUAAAAGUAUUAAAAGACUCAAAGAGACUCCUUGUCUAAUUACUCCUCGCAAUUACGUAAAAUACUGUGCAAUUUUUAUCGAAAAGUUUCCUCGACUACCGCGAGGAGUAACUAGAUUAUUUCGUACGUGUACAUAAAAGUGAUAUUAUUGUCAUUGAAACGCUUCUUGUAGUCCUUAAUUCCCAAAAAUGCCGACUGAAACACUUAAAAGUUUGGGAAUCGCAAAUACGACACUGAAAUUUACCGGCUUACGGAAGGUAUUAUUUCAUUCUUCCACUCUUCGAGUACUUACGACGUACAUUCCCGCUAAUUCUAGGCUGUCUCUACGCAAUUACAUAGUUCCAAGUCCAAAUUUGUUUUAUCCGAGCUUUUGGGUGUGUCCGUCUUAAAAUGUAUUUUAUUAUACUAUGAAAUAUUAGUGUGUGUCGUUUAGCAAAGACUUGUAUAAAGUGUAGAGCGUACGUGCUAUAUAUUGUAUGUUCAUUUAAUGGAUGAAAUAUUUUGUACUUCUCUUAAAAAAUUGUGUAAACAAUGCAGUGUAAAAGUAAAUGGUUGUCUGAUCAGAAUUGUCAGAGCUCUACAGUAGUUCAUAUGAAACUUUCGUUGUCGAAAAUUGUUGGGGCCAACCAGAAAUUACCAAAUCAAGUGCGUUUUGUAAUCCGGGCGCUUGAUUCGCGUAAUUUUAUUAUUUUAUAAUAGUUUCUUCACAGUAUUAUAUUUCAUGUGCUUUUUCUUACGCAUAAGUUUGUGUUUCCAUAUUCCUUGGUGUCUAAUUUACCUCACAUUAAUACGAUGCACCUCAUUAUUGUCAUGCCAGUAUUUAUUUUACUUAUAACAUACAUCCAUCAAAAUUUCUCUUAUUUCCUCUCUUCGUGCGAAAUCAUCGAUCAUUCGACGUGUAAUUUUUAUACACACAUUUAACCAGAUGUCAUGUUAUGUAGCACCUCAACUCCUUAUAAUCCGGUGCUUACGAAAAUAUUAAUGUAUAUCGAUAAACUUACCGACUAAAUUGAAAAAUGAUUCAUCCAGUAUAAAAUAUCUCUUCAUGAUGCCUUGUUGUAUUUACAUCACCGAUAAUCUCAAAACGUUGACAGAUAUUUUGUUAAUUAACAACUCGCCACGUAAAUCUUUCGUCCAAUAAACAAUUCGACGUUUUAAAGUUAUCGGUGAAGAUAUAUGGACUAGAAGUAGGACUGUAGAGGCACUGAGAAUAAACAGGUACACAAUA